UUAGGACUUCGGUGAGAGUGCCUGUGCCAUAACGAACUGUAACAACAGUGAGAGAGGACAGAGCAGAUCACAGAAGAGAGAGAGGGGAAGGUCUUGAAUACCAACAAAAUAUAAUGUGAUUAUAUAUGUAUAUAGAUAUAUAUAGAGAGAGAGUGUUCGGGAGCGGGUAAAGAUGGAGAGGAGGAAGAGAUGUCCGUGGUGGAAGGAAUCAAUGUGCGGGUUUCAUCGUGAUGAUGUGGAGAGAGAAGAACGCGUUGCCAGCGACGAUCGAAGCAGCUCUCUCACCCUCUCCAGUGCUGCCGUUCUUCCUUCACUUGGAGCCCAUACCAAUCGCAAAGUCAAGCUUCGUUGCUUCAUUAUCUCCCCCUUUGAUCCCCGUUACAGACUUUGGGAGACAUUUCUGGUAUUUCUGGUCUUCUACACAGCAUGGGUGUGUCCAUUUGAAUUUGGAUUACUGGAUAAACCAUCUGGACCUCUCUCCAUCACUGACAAUGUUGUCAAUGGUCUUUUUGCCAUUGAUAUAAUCGUGACCUUCUUUACCGCUUACCUUGAUAAAGCUACUUACCUUCUCGUUGACAACCCCAAGCAGAUUGCUUGGAGAUACACCAAAACCUGGCUGGUAUUUGAUGUUAUUUCUGCAAUCCCUUCUGAACUUGCUAGGAGAGUUUUGCCCCCUCCUCUCCGAGAAUAUGGCUACUUCAAUAUGCUUCGUCUUUGGCGUCUUCGACGAGUUGGUGCCAUGUUUGCCAGGUUGGAGAAAGACAAGAACUUCAGCUAUUUUUGGGUUCGAUGUGCAAAGCUUAUAUGUGUGACUCUCUUUGCGGUCCACUGUGCCGGAUGCUUUUACUACCUUCUUGCUUCUCGUCACCAUGAUCCAAAAAAGACAUGGAUUGGACUUGCCAUGGAGAACUUUCAUGAGCAGAGUUUGUGGGUCCGAUAUGUCAUUUCAAUAUACUGGUCCAUCACCACACUUACCACCACCGGGUAUGGUGAUUUGCAUCCUGUGAAUACAGGGGAGAUGAUUUUUGACAUCUUCUACAUGCUCUUCAACCUUGGAUUGACGGCAUAUCUGAUCGGAAACAUGACCAACUUGGUUGUCCACAUUACCAGUCGAACUAGGCAAUUUAGAGAUACUAUUCAAGCUGCAUCAAGUUUUGCAAAGAGGAACCAAAUACCACUUCGCCUGCAAGAUCAGAUGCUUGCUCAUUUGUGCUUGAGGUACAGAACUGACUCAGAAGGGCUUCAGCAGCAAGAAAUUGUUGAAGCACUUCCUAAAGCCAUUCGAUCAAGUAUUGCACACCAUCUCUUUUAUUCCCUUGUUGAUAAGGUGUACUUGUUUCAUGGGGUAUCAAACGACUUGCUUUUUCAACUGGUUUCGGAGAUGAAAGCCGAGUAUUUUCCACCCAAAGAAGAUGUGAUUUUGCAAAAUGAAGCACCUACGGACUUGUACAUUCUGGUUACAGGAAUAGUAGAUGUUAUCACACAUAAGAAUGGAAUAGAACAGGUUGUUGGACAGUUAAAAGAAGGAGACGUUUGUGGUGAGAUAGGUGUUCUUUGUUACAGGCCACAACUGUUCACUAUUCGUACGAAACGAUUGAGUCAGCUGCUACGGUUGAACCGUACUGCAUUUUUAAAUCUUGUUCAGGCAAAUGUUGGAGAUGGGACAAUAAUCAUGAACAAUCUUCUUCAGCAUUUGAAAGAGCAGCGGGACCCGAUGAUGGAAGGAAUUCUGACUAAUACAGAGCACAUGCUGACUCAUGGAAGAAUGGAUUUGCCUCUGAGUUUAUGUUUUGCGGCAACGAGGGGAGAUGAUCUAUUGUUGCAUCAGUUGCUGAGACGGGGUCUGGAUCCAAAUGAAUUAGACAGCAACGGAAGAACAGCUUUGCAUAUUUCAUCAUCAAAAGGAAGUGUAGAAUGCGUGGGUCUACUCAUAGAUUAUGGAGCAAAUCCUAACAAAAAAGAUUCUGAAGGAAAUGUUCCCCUAUGGGAUGCAAUAUUGGGGAGGCAUGAACCUGUGAUAAAACUACUAGUAGACAAUGGCGCAACGAUAUCUUCAGGGGAUGUGGGUCAGUUUGCAUGCUUUGCCGUUGAGCAGAACAACUUAGACUUGCUCAGGGACAUCAUCCACUAUGGUGGGGAUGUUACGUUGCUUAACAGCAUGGGAACUACGGCACUUCACACUGCUAUUUCCGAAGAAAACACUGAAAUUGUUAAGUUCCUCGUAGAGCAAGGGGCUGACAUUGACAAUGCAGAUGUGCACGGAUGGACCCCAAGGGCUUUGGCUGAUUAUCAGGGCCAUGAAGAGAUAAAAAUUCUAUUCGAGACCAAGCAAGAGACCAAGAACCAACCCAUCGCAGUUCCUGAGAUGCGGGGUGUACCCUAUCUUAAGAAAUACCAGAGUGAGCCCACAAUACCACCUUUUAGACCAGAAAUCGCACCACAGAUUGUCCGGGAUGUCACCUUGUCUGUUGACCAGCGGAGACGAAGGGCUGACAAUUUUCAGAAUUCGCUGUUUGGGAUCAUGUCAGCUGCCCAGAAACCCAAAAAAGAAGUUGUAUUAAACAAUGCAGGUGCUCAGGGCCUUCUCCGAUCACAGUCAAGUUUUGGAAAUAAAUCGAAUUUGGGCGGUAACCGCGCAAGAGUGACCAUCAGUUGCCCAGAAAAACCUGAUGUUGCUGCAAAGCUCGUCUUUCUUCCGGACUCCCUUGAAGAACUACUUGAUAUUGGUGCUCAGAAAUUCGGGUUCUCGCCUACCAAAGUUUUGAAUAAAGAUGGAGCUCUAAUUGAAGAUGUAGCACUUAUUAGGGAUGAUGAUCAUCUUAUUCUUGUUAGUAAUAGUGAAAUGCAAAAUUCAUAGAGCUAAAAAUUUCCCUCCUGGGUUCAUGCAUCACGUGUACAGUUUCGCCUAGUGAAUUUUUAGUUCGAGGAAGAAUUGUGUCCUUUAACCCAAAAAAAACAAAA